AUGUGCAAGGUUCAUGAUGCUAAAUGCACCAUCAGUGAGUCCUUCGCAAGUCUUCACAAACAUUUUCAAGAAGGAGAUCUCAUCAUUGGGGGAAUUAGUUCUCUUAUCUAUGCUAUGUCAGAUGAGAUGGAUUUCAAAAAAGCAUUCAAAGAUAUGGUAUAUGAUAUGCCAUUUGUACGGACUAGUCAUUACCAACAUGUCUUGGCUAUGGCAUUUGCUGUGAAGGAAAUCAAUGAAAACCUCCAGCUCUUACCCAAUGUCACCUUGGGCUUCCACAUCCAUGACACUUACAUGAAUGAACGAGAGACCUAUCGUGCCACGAUACAACUUCUCUCUACAAAGAACAAAUUUAUUCCCAACUACAAGUGUGACUUCCAGAACAAUCUGAUAGCUGUUGUUGGAGGAGCUGAAGCUAAAACUUCUCUCUGCAUAGCAACUGUGUUAUCCAUCUACAAAAUUCCACAGCUCGCCUAUGGUUCUACAUCAUUAACCAAUGAAGCAUUCUCAGGACUUUCCAUUUAUCGGAUGGUCCCAAAUGAAGCCCAGCAGUACAAGGGGAUCCUGCAGUUAAUUCUGCAUUUCAGGUGGACAUGGACUGGGCUCAUUGUUGUGGAUGAUGAACGUGGAGAAAGAUUUCAGCAAGCCCUGCUUCCUCUGUUUUUUCAAAAUGGCAUCUGUUUGGCCUUCAUAGCAAAAUUCCUACAGGUCACAACCAUCAAUUAUUAUUUUACCAUGAUGCAGAAUGGAUUGGAAAAAUUUGAUGUUGUAAUGGAGAGUAAAGCCAAUGCUGUUAUCCUUUAUGGAGACAGUGAAUCUAUUUCAUAUAUGAGGUGGUCUAUACAAUUCUCAGGGACAGUUUUCUCAGCAAAAAAGCUUAAAGGGAAAGUAUAUGUUACGACCAUUCAGAUGGAUUUUGUGUCCUAUUAUUAUCAAAGAAAUUGGGACAAACAGAUCCUUCAUGGUGCUAUAUCCUUCAGCGUUCACACGAAUCAACCACCAGGAUUUCAGCAAUUUCUUCAGAGCAGAAAACCUCAUUGGACUGAAGGUGAUGGCUUCAUCAGGAAUUUCUGGGAACAGGCAUUCCUCUGUCAUUUCUCAGAUUCACUCCUGGGGAAGGAGUUUGAUAAGAAUUGUUCUGGGGAGGAGAAGCUGGAGAGCCUUCCCGCAGAUAUCUUUGAUAUGAGUAUGACUGGUCCCAGCUACAGUAUCUACAAUGCUGUCUAUGCUUUUGCACAUUCUUUACAUGCCCUGCAUUCAUCCUGUUAUGGACACAGGAGGAUGGUGGUGACAAAAAAAUGUGACUUCUUCAGUAAACCAUCAUGGCAGCUUCACCACUUUCUGAAAAGUGUCUCAUUUAAUAACAGUGCUGGAGAGAAGAUUUCAUUUGAUACCAGUGGAGAAGUUGCAACAGGGUAUGAUAUUAUGAACUGGCUUGCUUUCCCAAAUAACUCUUUUUUAAAAAUGAAAAUUGGAGAGGUUCAUCCAGAAGCUCCUGCAGACCAAAUGCUUACCAUUAAUGAAGAGAGGAUCACAUGGAACAGCUGGUUUAACAAGACACAGCCCCUUUCUGUCUGCAGUGAAAGUUGCCAUCCAGGUUCCAGGAAGAAAAAGAAGGAGGGGGAGCCAUUCUGCUGCUAUGACUGCACACCAUGCCCAGAAGGGAAGAUUUCUGAUCAGAAGGACUUGGAUGAGUGUGCCGAAUGCAGAAAAGAUCAUUACCCAAACAGGGGACAAAAUCAAUGCAUUCCCAAAGGUGUCACUUUCUUGUCCCACGAAGAACCUUUGGGGAUCACUUUAGUGACUGUUGUCCUUUCCUUUUCUUUCAUUGCUCUUUUGGUGCUAGGAGUCUUUAUGAAGCACCACAGCACCCCCAUCGUCAAAGCCAACAACAGGAACCUCACCUAUUCUCUCCUGAUCUGCCUCCUCCUGUGCUUCCUCUGUGCUCUGCUAUUCAUUGGUCAGCCACAACUGGUGUCGUGUCUCCUCCAACAAACCACAUUUGGCAUGGUCUUCUCGGUUGCCAUUUCUUGCGUGCUGGCAAAAACGGUCAUGGUGGUUCUGGCUUUCCUAAGCAUCCAACCAGGAAGCAGCCUAAGGAAGUGGGUGGGGAAAAGAGUGGGCAAUUCCAUUGUGAUUUCCUGCUCCCUUUUCCAAGCAGCGCUUUGUUUUGCAUGGCUGGUAACCUCUCCCCCAUUUCUGGAUGUUGAUAUGAACUCAGAGACUGAAGCCGUUGUACUGGAAUGCAAUGUGGGGUCUGUCACCAUGUUUUACUGUGUCCUGGGCUACAUGGGUUUCUUGGCCAUUGUUAGCUUUGUGGUGGCUUUCUUGGCCAGGAAGUUACCGGACAGUUUUAAUGAAGCCAAAUUUAUCACUUUCAGUCUCUUGGUCUUUUGCAGCGUUUGGAUGUCUUUUGUUCCCACCUACCUGAGUACCAAGGGGAAAACCAUGGUGGCCAUGGAGAUCUUCUCGAUAUUAGCCUCCAGUGCUGGCCUUCUGGGUUGUAUCUUUGCCCCCAAAUGUUACAUUAUUUUGCUGCGGCCUGAGCUGAACAACAGGGAACAUCUGAUAAGAAUAAAAGGGAAAUAA